UUUCAUUCAUUUCUCCUGAUGUGGAUGCGCGUGAGAGAAGUGCGUGCCGUGGAGAUCUUAGCCAUACUGACACACUGAACUACAAUCAGUACUCGACUGUCAUGCUUUCGUCUGUGAUCAUCAGGAGAUUCUGUCAUCAUGUUUUUAACUUAGAAAAAUGAAUUCUGCUAACGAAACAUCGACUGAGCCUCAUCUGGACACCUACAAUUAUACUUUCAACGAUGGAACUUACACACUCUUGACAUUUACUAUCGGAUCGAUCGGCGUCCUGGGAUUCUGUAAUAAUAUCAUCGUCAUUAUUCUUUACUUCAGAUUCAAGAGACUACGAACACCAACUAAUCUACUGAUAGUUAAUAUAAGUGUAAGUGAUCUGCUCGUGUCCGUCAUCGGGAUUAAUUUCACAUUCGUCUCGUGCGUCAAAAGAGGAUGGAUUUUUAAUUCUGCUACGUGUGUUUGGGAUGGAUUCAGUAACAGUUUAUUCGGUAUCGUGUCUAUCAUGACUCUCUCCGGCCUGGCGUAUGAACGCUACAUCCGUGUGGUUCAUGCCAAGGUCAUUGACUUCCCUUGGGCCUGGAGGGCCAUCACACACAUCUGGCUGUACUCUUUAGCCUGGACCGGUGCUCCUCUCCUGGGGUGGAACCGUUAUACGUUGGAGGUGCAUCAGUUGGGCUGCUCUCUCGACUGGGCUUCCAAAGAUCCCAAUGACGCCUCCUUUAUUCUCUUCUUUCUUCUUGGAUGUUUCUUCGUCCCUGUGGGUGUCAUGGCCUACUGUUAUGGAAACAUCUUGUAUACUGUGAGAAUGCUUCGCUCUGUUCAGGACCUACAGACGGUUCAGACGAUUAAGAUUCUGCGGUAUGAGAAGAAAGUGGCAGUGAUGUUCCUGAUGAUGAUUUCUUGUUUUCUGGUGUGCUGGACGCCCUACGCUGUGGUCUCAAUGUUGGAGGCGUUCGGCAAGAAAAGUGUCGUCUCUCCUACGGUGGCCAUCAUUCCAUCCCUCUUCGCCAAAUCCAGCACCGCGUACAAUCCCCUCAUCUAUGCUUUCAUGAGCAGAAAGUUUCGUAGGUGCAUGUUGCAGCUGUUGUGUUCACGGCUGGCCAGUCUGCAGCAAAAUAUUAAGGACCGGCCCCUCGCCCGCAUCGAACAUCCUGUACGCCCCAUAGUGAUGUCACAGAGCCGAGCUGACCGGCCCAAGAAGAGGGUGACCUUUAGCUCGUCCUCCAUCGUAUUCAUCAUCACCAGCAAUGAAGCUCAUCCUCUGGACAUCACAUCUGAAUACCAUGACGUACCAGAAGUCAAUGUAAUUAAAGUCAGGCCGCUUUGACCCUUCCUGCGUGUCAAGAAUCAAGA